AUGAACGUUCUUCUUGGAUAUUGUGGGCUCUUGUUGAUGCUGCUGUUCAGCUCAGUCCAGAAUGUGAAAGCAGACAUUCCUCAAGACUGCACAGAGAUUAAAAAGCAGGUUCCACGUGCUCCUAGUGGAACUUAUAACAUCCAGCCUGCUGGAAGGAAAGUUCCAUUCAAGGUGUACUGUGAGAUGCGUUCUGAUGGAGGCUGGACUGUUUUUCAAAGACGCAGUGGAGGAUCCGUGUCUUUCGAAAGAGAAUGGGCAGCCUACAAAUCUGGUUUCGGAUCCCUGUCAGAUGACCACUGGCUUGGCCUGGAACAGGUUUUCCUCAUGACAAACAGCAGAGACAAGAGUUGGACUUUGAGGGUGGACCUGUGGGACUUUGAAGGUGGCACAGCCUAUGCAGAGUACAAGAACUUCAAACUUGGAAAUGAGCAGACAGCUUACAAACUGCAAGUUGGGGCUUACAGUGGAACUGCAGGUGAUGCCAUCCGUGGAGAUUAUCCUGGCGUAGACGAAAAUGGCUAUGGCUUCAGCACCACUGACCGAGACAACGAUGGCUGCAAUCCAUGUAUCUUCGGUGACAUCGCUGAAUCACAUUGUACCCGUACAGAAGGUGGUGCUUGGUGGUUCAGCAAGUGUGGUUCUGCUGCUUUAAAUGGCGAGUGGCAUCCUAUUAGUGACCACAUCGGUUGGGCUUCAGGCCUCCACUGGCUCACCUGGAAACCUCCUGCACCUUAUUCAGCCAAGGCCACCAGAAUGAUGAUCAAAUCAGAGUAA